AUGGCGAAAAUUCUUUUGUUCAUCUUGAUUAUCAUUCUUGCCAACCUAUUAUCAGGGUUUCCUAUCGGAAAAAAUAAAUCGGAAGAAAAUUCUGAUAGAAAAAAUGUGAAAGAAAAUAGCAGUGUAUUCAUCAAGAAAUUUUUUCCCUACAUAAUAUCGCGUUUCCUUUUAACCACCGGUGAUAUCGCUGAAUAUCCAGAAUUGCCAGCUCCAGACGUAUCUAUCUUACCUGAUAUGGACACAAAAAAUGGCAGCUCUUUAAAAACAAAUGAAUCCGACUGUGUUUCCCUUCUUGAGAAUACAAGGGCAGGAUCGAACCUAAGUUAUGUGGCAGGCAAUUGCACCCCUCCGCAACAUGCUCCGCAGCUUGGAAAGAUGGCUCUCAUCAAAGGCACUGUACUUUCAGUGAUUUCCUUCUUCUCUUUUACCGGCAAUGUGAUCACACUGGCAUCCGUCAUCCGCACAAAACAAACUGGAACUAUUUACCUGUUGCUUGGUAACUUGGCAUUCGCUGAUUUAUUGGUGACUUUUUUCUGCAUCUUUUCUGAAGGAAUGUGGUCGUUCUCCGUUGAAUGGUACGGGGGUAAUGUACUAUGUAAAGUACUUAAGUUCAUGCAAAUGUUCUCACUAUAUUUGUCAACAUUCAUUCUGGUGAUCAUCGGAUUUGACCGACUCUGGGCUGUAAGAUAUCCUAUGCGGAGAGUAAAUGGAAGAAAAAACGUAAGACGUGCGAUCUGUGGAGCCUGGGUAUUGAGUUCGCUAUUUAGCAUGCCGCAGGGGUAUAUCUUCAGUGUUAGAAAAGGACCGUUUAUCGAAGAAUUCUAUCAAUGCGUCACUUAUGGAUUCUACACAUCACUUAGGCAAGAACAAGUCUACACUAUUUUCACUCUCGUAGUGAUGUUUGCCGUACCUUUGAUGAGUUUGAUUGGAACCUACGCCGAAACCUUCUUCACCAUUGCUAAGUCCGUUUGGAAUAGCGCGAAAAAGUUGCCUUUUGGUUUAAGAGAGCACACACAAGAAGAGACAGACCAACCAGAUCCAUCAAAUAAACAAGAAGAGAUAAAACUACCAGACUCUUCGAAGCUGAACGAAGAUAAAGGCACUCAAAUGUGUAUCAAAUUGCCCUCUGUAGCUUCCAUUGCUGACCGUAUCAGAAAAUCAGAUAGAGCUGCUGCAGCUAUAGCUUGUGCUGCUUUACAGGAUUUAGACAAUCAACAUGAGUUAUCGGAACGAAUUACGAAUCCUUCUUUCGAAGAUCCCCGGCAUAGACUCUUUCUUAAGGCAAAGCAAAAAUCUCUUGCAGUCACAUUGGUAAUUGUUCUAACUUUCGUCGUCUGCUGGGUGCCAUAUUAUGCCAUGAUGCUAAUCGUCAUGUUCACGAAUCCUAACGAUCAAAUCAGCGAUUCACUUUUUUCAGUGGUAUUUUUCUUCGGAAGCUUAACUGCUCUAUUUAACCCGAUAAUUUAUGGAUCCUUCUACCUGAGAAACAGAAACACUACAUCAACCCCCCAGAACACCAGUAAUUCCUCCAGGGUAGAGGGAACUAUGUUCCUUUCUAGACGAAAUAAACGCAGAGAUGAAACCACUGGUCUUCAGAUGAUUGGCAGCCUGUCAUUUCCAGGGAGCCAUCAGAAAAAAACUCCCCAGGCAAGCAGCCCGUUAGAGGUUAUCCCAGAAGAGAAGGAGACACAAUUUUAA